ACUCUUGAGUUUUUAUUUCAGUUUUGGACGUUUCGUUUUUUUUUUUUUAACUUUCAAAUCGUUAAAGUGAAGGCCCGGGCCGCUACCGUGCCUAAUGGUGGUCCGCCUGUGGCCAUAAAUAACUUCUCAUGUUUCUGAUUUUUAGAACAAACUAGUGCUGACAUGCUCUAUCAGCCAUUAAAAGGGCGAUAUUGAUCUUAUCAAUUCCUUUUAACCAAUUAUUAAUUUACUUCCUCAAUGCAUACCAACGAUAAAGCAAAUAACUUCGUUAUCGAUCAUUCCGGAUCGAACAGGAUCAGUCAUGAAAUUAGGAUUUGAGCUUUGUUCACGGGAUUAACUGUCUGCUUUAUAAAAUGUCUCAUCUUGAGUCUACGAGAAAGCCUCGCCCUGAAAAGAAAAAAGAAGAACGGUCACUCGGGGAUCCUGCAGCUUCUCAAGAAGAAAAUCAAAAAUUUGUUGAAGACUUGAAUAAGUUCAUUAAGGGCAUAAAUGAAGAAAAUACAAAGGAAACCGUUAAACGUUUCGGAGAAGCGUUGUUUUUUGCCAAGACAUUUAAUCAAGACGACAUUACCAACACCUGUGAGUUUAACCUAGCAGCUGCUAAAAUAGCAUCAGACGAAUCAGUUUUCGACUAUUUGAAUUCAAUGAAAACAAACUUCAAUGAUGACUGUGAACUGGAAUUUAAUCUUGGAAUAUAUAAUGAAAAGCAAAGAAAUUUUAAAGAAGCCCUUGAAUGUUAUGAAAGAGCUGAACAAAAAUGCAGGGACACGGACAAAACUAUGGAGAUAAACUGUUUGCAGCGAAAACUAAAAAUACUUAAGAGGAUGAAAAAAUAUAAAGAAGCAAAGGGCAUUGGAGAGAACUUAAAGACUCUUAGUGUAGGAAAGGAUUUCAUUACUAAAAUGCAGUUCGAGUUAGUUGAUAUCGAGUGUCACAUGGUCGGUUGCAACUCGCAAGAGAGCAAAGAGGUUGACGUCAUCUAUGGCAUGUGUAAGGACUUACAUCCUUGCGGAAAUGAUAAGUCAGUUUUGGAGUUUCAAGCCAAAGUUUUAAAUGAUGUUGGAAUGCUUGUCACUCAAACAAAGGGUUCCACAGAAGCCAUUGCACUCUUUGACAGAGCUUCAGCCGAGUCUACUUCUUGCAGAACCUUGCUCAAGGCACAAAUAAAGCAAAACGCUGGGGCGAUGAAAACGAUCUUGGCAUAUGAACAUCUAAAUAUGUCAAAAGAGGAAUUCCAAAACUCCUUAACGUCGACCAAAGAAGCAAGAAACCUUUAUUCGGAACUGCGGCUCCGGAAUAGUGAAGGACAAUGUUAUAUGAAUGCUGCUUUUGCACAAAGCCGUCUUUACGAAAUCCUUAUUUCCGAGGACAAUGGUAAAGAUGCAAAAAAAGAACUGGAAAAAACCAAGCUGGCAUACCAGCAUGCCUUAGAAGCAGCGAAGGCGACCGAUGACACUAAAAUGAAGAUGCAAUCUCAAGAAGGACUAGCUGCGGUGUGUUAUCGAAUGGAAGAUUUUCAAGGAUGUGAAACAUAUCUAACGCUGGCUCUUAAAAAUGCACUUGCUAUGGUUCCAAAGGAUCCCAAAGAUGAGAAGAGGCUUAACGAAAAACGUAAGCACCUCGAUAGAACAAAGAAGUAAUAUGAAACCAUACCAAGAUCAAUUGCAUACAAAGCUUUACUGCUGACUUACUCAUCUGCACCAAAAAGACAGUUUAAUAAAUAAGCGAUUGCAAUACUACGGAAUUCAUGCAAACAAGUGUGAUUGUUUUACUUGUGGAAAUACUUAAAUAUGGUUUAAUAAUCAAUGUACGAUGGUUGUCUGGAGACUCUAUUUACUGUAUAUAUAGAUGAGAACAGACUACUUUUUUAUCAAAGUUUGAAUAUGCGGUCGAAAUGCGCAUAUAUCGUCAAUUCUAUAGAUGGAGGAGCAAAAUGGAUAUUUUCAUGUCAGCACCCGUCAUUUCAAUCAACAUUUACUUAUAGACGUCUAACAUUCGAAGGAUUGACAUCAAGUCUUAAUAAAAAAAGUCUUAAAACAAAUUACUAUUAUAUGUUUGACCUCGAUUGAAGUUCGGAGCAAGGAUAUAAAUGAACGAAAAUUGCGUUUUAAAUAGCGCUGUCGGUGGUCGCGGUUUUGGGAAACAACUAACAAGUACUAUUCCUAUGUAGUUAUAGACAUCGUUAACAUAACGUUUUUUAUGCAGAUGAAUAAUAACACAUUCAGUCCACUUUUCUGGAAAAUUUUAGCUAUCCUUUAUUUAUGCUGAAGAAAAUGGUGAUAGAUACGGUACACCGCGUUGAAGUGUUGAUAUAGAGGCUUGGAAACAACUGAUGGAUGGACAUAUAUAUCACCUUUCAACAAAUACACAUCGUUGGAACACAAAGUUUAGUCAUUUGCAACACAUAAGUUAGAUUUUUACGCAAGUUUAGCCUAUUCUUUUAAAACACAACAGAUACGUAACACGCAUUUCGAUUUAGUUUGAGACAGUCAUAAGUCAAACAUAAUGGAGACUGUAACCAAAUGUAUGCUAUCAACCAAAGCAAAUAUAAUGUGUCAACAACAAAGUAAGAGCAGUGUUACAUCGACUAAAAUUUUCUAUAAGUUAUAAAUGUCAGACAGAUACGUAACAGUAAAAGUUACGUUACAGAGUCUGUCAUUAAGAGUUAAUUAUCAUGUAUUUAGGCCUAUAAUUAUAUGCACGUGCUAGUGUUAGUUCAUGACUGAUUCUAACAUUUGUUUUCAUGUGCAACAUUGCAUUCUUUUUAAAUGCACUAGUUACUUCAUUAUUGUCAGGAUGCGACAACUGAUUGAAACAGACAAUUAAACAUUUCACAGAAGUGCCGAGUGUUUUUUUUCUAUCUCAUUAUGAUAUCAUUUUUGAAACAUUUUGUACAUUAACCUGUUGCGACAGUUUUGUAUGUUAAUAUGAAUGAUUUAUUUUUCAGAUUAUUUUGUCAUUUAUUGACAACUUAAAGAGUCAAAGCAUAUCAGUUUCUGCAAUAACGUAUUUGUUCAUGUACUUAAAUUAUCUUUCAAUAUUACAAUAUAUAUAUUUGACAUGUACAAAGGAUUGCAAAAACUCUUGCAAAGACCGACUUAUGGAUAAUUCGAGUAACUGGUAUACCCACAUCUAUGGAAAUAUCUAUAUAAAUUGAGUGAACGUACUUCCAAACCCGACAAGAAAUAAUAUGAAUUGUGAAAUACAGCAAACAUUUGGAAAAACAAUAUAAAAUGUGACUACGUUAUAAAAUAAAAGGUUAUAAUUUUUGAAGAACAUGUAUGUAUUGUUAUCCUUUUUUAAAACUGUUACAUUUAUUGUUUUUCUCGACCAAUACAUUUCAAUUCAUAUAUGCAUGUAUAGUUUAUAUACCAUUUAAAUUCUGCUAUUAUCGUCGGUUAUUUCCUUACUACAAGUAUAUUUUGUACAUUCACAUUGCAUGAGUUGAAAGAUACUGAACACUUUUUGGAAAUCAAAUUUCUUUUUUUUUUCACUCAAUUAUCUAAAACAUUAUUAUGCAAAAAUCAAAAGAUGUCAACAUAUACUGCCAGCAUUAAUUGUGUAGAACAGAAGGUUAUAAUGACAGAUAUCUUUUCUUGACUUCCUAAAAUGAAACAUACAAAAACGUUUUAUUUAAAUUUUGCUUAACCGGUACCAUAAUUGUAUAGAUAUAUGAUUACUGUAAUUAAAUUUAUGUUUAAAUUGAGUACGCCAUAAAAAAUGUCUUACAUUUAGACUUGUUAGCAAAGUAUUUGUUAUAAUUGCAUAUACAAAAAAUGUUUUAAAAAGUAUCUUAUAGAUAUACUUUAAUGUUUAUACAAUUAGACCUUAGGGUCACUUGGAACACGUAUGUUUUUGUGUUAUUUUCUUAUCUCGAUUUAUUAAACUGUA